CGUUUCCGGCCCGACCCACUCCCGAGUGCAGGGCAGCCAACUGUGUCCCGCGAGGAGGGGCGUUUCUGUAGGCUAACGCGGGUUUGGUGCAGCCUGGGCUGAAAUGUCAACCUAGGCAGCCGGGAGACGUGGAAGGCUCUGGAGGAGGGCAUGCCCGGAGUUAGAAGUUCACAGUUGAGAAAAGGUUACACGGACGUGCUUGGGGGGACAGGGACGUGCUUGGGGGGACAGGGACGUGCACAGGAAGACAGACACGUGCUGGUGGAGACAGAGACAGGCGCAGGGAGACCCGGGUGGGCAUAGGGUGAUGGGGAAGUGAUACAGGGAAUCCGAGACAGGCGCAAGGAGACGGGAACGAGCUUACGGAGUCGGGAAGUGACACAGGGAGACAGGCAUAGGGAGAUGGGAAGUGACACUAAGAAUCGGGGACGGGCACGGGGAGAUCAGCGAAGAGGCCGCUGUAAUAGACCCUGGAGAACUGGCAGGGACCGGGCCCUAGUGUUGAAAGUGAAGAAGAGAUGUGAUUAGUUGCUUUGUAGAUCUGAAAGAUGAGGUAGCAGGUUUUCCAGUCCAUCAGCCAUUCCUGUGAGCAAAAACAGGGACCGUCAAGAACCAUUCCAAGGGUUUGUUUUGUUUUGUUUUCCUGAGUAAUUGUAAGAAUGGGUCUGAGGAAGGGAGCAUAGUGAGAAGGGUUCAGGGAGAUCAUGGGUUGCAUUUUGGAUGUGAGACUCUCAAAUGUGUCAAUAUGUGUAUGUUUUGGCGGCGCAGUGGGUAGGGUGCUGGCCACAUACACCGAGGCUGGCGGGUUCAAACCCACCCGGGCCUGCUAAAACAACAAUGACAACUGCAACAACAACAACAAAAUAGCCGGGCAUUGUAGCUGGUGCCUGUAGUCUACAAUGAGGCAAGAGAAUCAAUCACUAGAGCAAGAGUUUGAGGUUGCCUUGAGCUGUGACGCCACGGUACGCUACCCAGGGCAAAAGCUUGAGACUCUGUGUCUCUCUCACACACACACAAAGUAAAAAAAAAAAAAAGUGUAUGUCCCAUGAACACGUGGACAUGAAGGUCUGGAGUCCGAGGAAGAGGGUUGGGUGGAGACAGGCAAAGGUUAGAGGCUGUAGAGUGGACCAGACACAGACUAAGGAUCAGACUGAGUAGGGGAGUAUGAAGGUUAUUACUGCAGAUGAGCUCUGUGAUGAGGGAGAGGAGGCCUGUGACUUCUGGGGCAGACAGUGGGUGGGUCCAUAAGCCCUAUACUUUCUUUAGAAAGGUGCAAGCCUGUAUAGGAAGGAUUCUGGCCACUUUCUGCAAAACAGGAGGCCUAGAUGGGGUAAGGAGCUGGCUGACAGUGGAGACUGAGUUGGUGCCCUGGCGAUGGCAGAAAUGGAACAUGCACAGGGGAGGACAGACUGUGGAGAUGAAGGUAAAGGCUGGGGAGCCCAGGAGGGUGUUCUUGAAUCAGACCAGGUGGAUAUUGGUGGUGGCUGGACGAGAGUGGUGUCUCUGGAGUGCCGUGUGGUCUUUGAGGACGUGGCUAUAUAUUUCUCCCAGGAAGAGUGGGGGCAUCUUGAUGAGGCUCAGAGGUCACUGUACCGAGAUGUGAUGCUGGAGAACAUGGCGCUUCUGUCCUCACUCGGUUGUUGGCAAGGAGCUCAGGGUGCAGAGGCAUCUUCAGAGCACGGUGUUUCUGUGGGAAUGUCACAGGUCAUGACUGCAGUGCCCCGUGUAUCUACCCAGAAGAUCCAGCCUGGGGAGACAUGUAACCAACUCUUGAAAGACAUUUUGUACCUGGUUAAGCACAGUGGAAUACUUCCUGAGCAGGAGAUGUAUAUUUGUGAAGCAGAGCUUUUUCAGCACUGGAAACAGGAGACUGGAGAGGAUCUUUCCAGAAGGGGGGACAAUUGGAGACCUUCAUUUGAAAAGAACCCUAGAGUUCACAUGGCAGAGAGGAUCACAUGCAGUGAGGGUGGGAAGUACUUGCUGGCCCCCUCUGGCUUUCUGCAGCACCAGGCCCCUCAAAGUGGAUGGAAGCCCUCCGGGGACACAGAGGACAGGGAAUUAUUUCUAACUGGACAAAAUGAUCACAAAUGCAGUGCCUGUGGGAAAACCUUCAACUUCAAACAUGCACUUAUUGAGCACCAGAAAAUGCACAGAAGAGGAAGGCCUUAUGAAUGCAACAAAUGUGGGAAAUUGUUUAUGUAUGGUGCCAACUUCAUGAAACAUCAGACAGUUCACAGUGGUGAAAGGACUUAUGAGUGCAGAGAAUGUGGAAAAUCUUUUAUAUACAACUAUAGACUUGUGAGACAUAAGAGAGUUCACACUGGAGAAAGGCCUUAUGAGUGUGACCUAUGUGGGAAAUUCUUUAGGUACAGCUCUACAUUAGUAAGACAUCAGAGAGUUCACACUGGAGAAAGGCCUUAUGAGUGCAGGGAAUGUGGGAAAGCCUUUAGCCACAAACAUAUACUUGAUGAGCACCAGAAAAUUCACAGUGGAGAACGACCUUAUGAGUGUAGUGAAUGCCAGAAAGCCUUCAUUCGAAAGUCUCACCUGGUUCAUCACCAGAAAACCCACAGUGAGGAGAGGCUAUGUGCUCCCUGAAUUUGGGGAGUUCUAUAGGUACAACUUCAGCCCCAUUGAAUAUCAGAGAUUUCACAAUGGAGAAACUUUACCAUUGACCAUUUUAACUGGAUAUUUCAAUAAUGUUAUGUAAAUUUACAUUUUUAUGUAAUUUAUGUCUAGAACUUGUCUUGUAAAAAUGAAACUCUAUAGCCAUUCAAUGACAACUUCUCAUCCUCCUUCGUUACAGUUCCUGGCAACUACGAAACUACAUUGCUAUACUACGUAUCUGAAUUCAACACUGAUUAGUUCCUCAUAUAAGUGGAUUCAUAGGUAUUUGUAUUUUUGAGGUUGGCUUAUUUUACUUUGCAUAAUCUGAAGUGUGUCAGAAUUGCCUUCCAUUUUUAGGUGAAAUAAUUUUCUAUUGUACAUAUAUACAUAUCAUUUUUUUUCAUCCAUUCAUCUGUCAGUGGGUGCUUGGAUUACUUCCACCUUUUAGCUUUUGGGAAUAAUGCUGCUGUGAAUAUUGAGUAUAUAAAUAUUUAUUGAAAACCUUGCUUUCCAUUCUUUUGGGGUACAUACCCAGAAAAGGAGAUGCUGGAUCACAUAGUAUUUCAAUUUUUAAUCUUUUGAGGAACUGUUUUCUACCAUCUUAAAUUCUUACCAACAGUACAGAAGGGUUCCAGUCUGUGCACUUCUCUGCCAACAUUGUUCAUUUUCUCAUUUUUGUUUUUGUUUUUGGUAGUAGAUAUCUUAUUGUAUGUGAGAUGGAAUCUCACUGUCCUUUACAUUUUUAUUUUGCUGAUGAUUAAUGAUGUGAGCAGCUUUUCAUGUGAUGUUAGGCAUUUGUGUGUCUGGAGAAAUAUAUUCAAGUCUCUUUUUAAAAAAAUUUUUUUCAUGGGAUUGUUUGCUUUUUGUUUAGUUGUAGGAAUUCUUUAUAUAUUCUGGAUAUUAACCCCUUUACAAAUACAUGAUUUUCAAAAAUUAUCUUCAAAUCUGUAAGUUGUCUUUUUGCUCUGUUGAUUGUGUCUUUUGAUGAAAUUUUUAAUUUUUAUGUACAGGUGACCCUUAUGUGGGUUCAACCUCCAUGGGUUGAACUAACCAUGGAUGAAAAAUAUUUGCAAAGUUUGAGUAUAUAUCAAGAGAAAAAAAAAAGAAAAGAAACACGUUUGGAUCUGUAUUGAACAUAUACAGACUUUUUUCUCUUGUCCUUCUCUAAUUAAUAUAAAAACUCUUUACAUAUCAUUUACAUUAUAUUGUUACAUUCUAGAGAUGAUUUAAAGCUUAUGGGAAGAUGUGUGUAGGUUAUAUGCAACUACUGUGCCUUUUAUAUAAUGGACAUGAGCGUCAGCAGAUUUUUGUAUCCACAGGAUAUCCUAGAACAAAUUCUCCAAAGAUAGCAAGAGAAAGCUAUCAUCUAGUUUAUCACAAUAGUUUACCACUAUUACCUGUUUUUUUGUUGUUUUGAUACAGAAUCUCAUUGUCACUUGCCUAGACUGUGGCAGCAUCAUCAUAGCUCGCUGCAGUCUCCAACUCUUGGGCUCAAGUGAUCCUUGCUCAGUCUUCCAAGUAUCUGGGAUUACAAGCAUCAACACAACUGGGUAAUUUUUCUACUUUUAGUAGAGACAGGGUCUUGCUCUUUCUUAGGCUGGUCUCAAACUCCUGGCUUCAACUGAUCCUUCUGCCUUGGCCUCCCAAAAUGCUAGGAUUAUAGGCAUAGCCAUCACUCCUGCCCAGUUACUUGUUUUUGAUGUUAUAUCCUAGAAAUCGUUGUCAAAUCUAAUGUCAUGAAAUUGUUUUCCCUAUUUUUUAUUCUAAGAGUUCUAUAUUGUAUUUGUAAGAUUUACAUUGAGGUCAUUGAUUCAUUUGAGUUUAUUUUUGAUUUCUUUGUGAUUCAGGCAGGUGAAUACAAAUUUUCUGCCCAGUUGCCUCCACUGAGCAGAUACUCCAGGGCUUUGCACCUGCCUGAAUCACAAGGAAAUCAAAAAUGAACUCAAAUGAAUCAAUGACCUAAAUGUAAAUCUUAUAAAUACAAUAUAGAACUUUUGUAAGGGAGGGAUGGGGAGCCUGUGGCCUUCAGGGUGCACCUAACCUUCUAGGUCUUUAAGUGCAGCCUUCUGACUGAAUGCAGAAUUUACAGAACAAAUACCUUUAUUUUUAAUUAUACAUUUUUGUUUAUCUUUUAUCCAUUUAUUUUAUUUUUAAAAUGAAUGUAUUAAAAUUACCAAAGAAAGAAUAAAAUAACUUUCAAUGAAAUAAUCUCCCCAGAUUGGCACAGUUAGAACAUCCGUGAGCCAAAAAGCUAAAUUUGGCUUGGCUCCUGUAGCACAGUGGUUACGGCAUCAGCCACAUAUACCUAGGCUGGCAAAUUCGAAUCUAGCCCAGGCCAGCUAAGCAACAAUGACACUUGCAACAAAAAAAUAGCCGGGCGUUGUGGCAGGUACUUGUAGUCCCAGCUACUUGGGAGGCUGAGGCAAGAGAAUAUCUUAAGCCCAAGAGUUUGAGGUUGCUGUGAGCUGUGACACUACGGCACUCUACUGAGGGUGGCAUAGUGAGACUUUCUCAAAAAAGAAAAAAAAAAAAAACAACUAAAUUGAUGGCUGCUAUGCUCCUGAUUUAGUUCCAACUUCUACCUGACUGGCCACAGCAAGAUGGUUGGUGAGAAUUUAUGGGGUUGAGUUCGCCAGUGUGUUAACUAGUUCCUGACAACAGUGCACUGUGUUUGUUUGAAGUGGGAUUUGUGAACAGUUGAAUAGUUUGACAAUAUAUAUUUUUUAAUUCUGUCUGCUUAACAGCCCAUCAUGUCAAAGAAGACGAAGAGAAGGCUGAGGGAAGAAAAGAAUUUUUAAUGAGGCCUGGAAAGUGCAAUAUUAUCUUGUUCAUGUUAAAAAUGUGCUUGCUUUGUGAUCUGUAGUAUCAAUAAUAAAGGAAUCCAGUGCUCAUCCGCAUAAUACUCAUAAGGACCACAAAUAUUUUAAAUUAGAGGAAAAGGCACAAAAGGUUGUAUUGCGGAAAUUAAAAUAUGAUAAGCAAAAGUAAAGACAAUUUCUUCAAGUGAAAAAAAUUCAUACUGUGUUUUACUUGAUUUUUUUAUUUAAUAUAAAAGGGUACCCAUAAAGUUCAUGUGUAAUUUAAAAUAGUUUAACAUAGUAAAUUGCACACAAACUUUUUGCACCCUAUGUAUACUUUGGUCAUGUUUCCAUGUCAAAACCUACAAAUCUACUUUUUCUUUUUUUGCAGUUUUUUUUUUUUUUUUUGGCUGGGGCUGGGUCUGAACCUGCCACCUUUGGCAUAUGGGGCCGGUGCCCUAUUCCUUUGAGCCACAGGUGUCGUCCUAUUUUUUUUUUUUUUUUCAAUUUUGAGACAGAGUCUCACGAUGUGGCCCUAA